AUGCUUAUGAUUCGUCGAAAUUCGACUCGAAUCCGGCGAUCUACUAUCACUGCAUUUGUGAAAACUCUGACCACUGGAGACAGCUCUUUCCGAUUAAUCGGACGCAGCGGCAGUGGCAGUGACACUCAAGCCUUCCAUAAUGAUAAAACUCCGGCCACCAGAGACAGCUCUUUCCGAUCAAUAGGAGGCUGUGGCGAUGCUCGAGGCUUCCAUAAUGAUAAAACUCCGGCCACCGGAGACAGCUCUUUUCGAUCAAUCGGAGGCCAUGGCGAUGCUCGAGGCUUACAAAAUGACGAUUACUUUGCCACGGUGCAUCACAUAUCGAACAUUGUCCGAAGAGACGUCUACAUGGAGAGAACCCUCAACAAGAUGAGGAUAUCGAAAAUAGUCGACUCGGAAUUAGUCUACCGCGUCCUUCGUAGUUGCUGCAACUCCGGGAUCGAGUCCUUCCGCUUCUUCAAUUGGGCUCGAACGAAUCACCCGCGCUAUGAUCCCACCACCGUCGAAUUCGAGGAGCUCCUCAAGAUUCUUGCCCGGACGCGCCAUUGGGAGACGAUGUGGAAGGUCGCACACAAUAUGAAAGAGCAGAACGUCGCGAUUACCCCGUCCGUCGUGUCUUUCAUCAUCGAGCAAUACGGUAAACACGGACUCAUCGAUCAAGCCGUCGACCUCUUCAACGGGCUCAAAAACUUCGACUGCCCGCAAACGACCGAAGUGUACAACUCACUUCUGUUCGCUCUCUGCGAAGUCAAGAACUUCCAAGGCGCUUAUGCGUUGAUACGUCGAAUGAUCAGAAAAUCGAACGUUCCCGACAAGAGAACCUAUUCGAUUCUCGUCAAUGCGUGGUGCUCGGCAGGGAAGAUGAGAGAGGCACAAGAGUUCUUAGAGGAGAUGAGCAAGAAGGGAUUCAAUCCGCCCGUCCGCGGCCGCGAUUUAUUGAUCGAUGGUUUGUUGAAUGCGGGGUAUCUCGAGUCAGCGAAAGGGUUGGUGCGGAAAAUGACGAAGGAGGGAUUCGUUCCCGAUGUAUCGACAUUCAAUUCUUUAGCCGAGGCCCUUUGCAAGUCGGGGGAGAUCGACUUUUGCAUCGAGCUUUUCCUCGACGUCUGCAGAUUGGGCUUUUUUCCAGACACUAAUACGUACAAGAUUAUGAUAACCAUGUCGGCGAGAGUCGGGAGAGUCGACGAGGCUUUUACGAUGCUCCACAAAUCGAUCGAGGCCGGGCACUCGCCGUUCCCGAGUCUAUACGCCCCGAUUUUGAAGUCUCUUUGUCGGCGGGGACAAUUCGACGACGCAUUUUGUUUCUUCUCCGACAUGAAGGUUAAGGGACAUCCCCCGAACCGACCUGUGUACACUAUGCUCGUAAAGAUGUGUGUCCGUGGAGGCAAGUUUGUUGAAGCGGCGAACUAUUUGAUGGAAAUGACGGAGUUGAAGCUCAUACCUAUGUCGCAAAGCUUCGACAUGGUGGCCGAUGGCUUGAAGCAUUGCGGAAAGCAUGACUUAGCUAAAAGAAUCGAGCAAUUGGAGGUGUCGUUACGCGGCACUUGAUUUAUCGAUGACCCGGUUAAUAGUAUUUAGAUUUUAUUGGAUAGCUUGUUCUUAUAGCGUUCAUACAAAUACUCUCAUAUUUAUACUUUCUUUC